AUGAGCGCCGAUGGGCUUGUCGCGAGUAAAGCUAUAUCCAUGGCCUGUUAUUGGGGCAGGCAGACGGGCAGCGAGCGGGCAUGGCUGGCGGAUCGGUGUGUCGCGAAAGGCCCCGAUCAUCAUGUCGAUGUCGACGCCGCACUCGACGCCAUAGCCGCCGUGCUGGAGGCGCAUGUCGGUGCGACGCGCUGCUGCAAAUCGCUCAGGCGCGAGAUAGAGGAGGGUGGCGACGAGCAACCUGGUUUCAGUCAGCUCGAUUCCCGCGCCAUGCACGUCGCCCGUCAUACCGCCCAGCUUGCGGCGGAACCACAAAAGCAGGCUGACGAUCAGCAGCAGGGCGAUGGCAGAAGCGGCAAGCAGAAAGCAGGGCCAGCACGAGCACGGGUGAUGAUCCAGCCGAUACGUCGAACGGCCGCACCGCGCGCGACACCAUCGCGCCCAGCCCGCCGGGCCGCAGCGGCGGCAGGACUCGAGCCCAGACCAGUGGUCGAUCCGCGCCGCCGCCGGGAUCAAACGACGAUCGGCAGGCCCCGGCGGCAGGCCGAUGGAGCACCACCAGGUUGGCGAGAAGCUGCAUCACCAACGCCACGACGCCGAAACUGCUGA